AUGUCUCUCAAGGUGAUCCUCGUAGCGUGUGUGGCCGCGGUGGCUUUGGCCGAUAAAGCUCCUGUGCAUCUGCCACCUGUUUACGUACCCACGUACCACGCUCCCGAACCCGUGUACCAUGCCCCUGCUCACUACAAGGAGCCAGAGUACCCAACAGUCCCACCCAAGUACAACUACAACUAUGGUGUCGUCGACGGUUACUCCGGCAUCUUCAAGUACGUGGAUAACGGCGACGGUCUCGUAGCUGAGGUCACCUACGAGGGCGAGGCUCAGUACCCCGAGUACAAGCCCACCUACAAUCCCGCUCCCUACCACGCAGCCCCCAAGUACCCCGUGUACUAA